AUGAAUUCAAAGGACACAAUUUUCGUGUUACUGCUUGCAAUCGUCAGUGUUUCCGCGAAACGGGAUAGCAUCCGUUUGAAGGACGUCAACACAUUGACACUCUAUUCCGACAAAUGGACUACAUCACGGCGAAGUGCCCCAGUAAAACAAUUGACUUGUGUCGGAGGUCAAUGUAAUCGGGCACAAAUUGAAACCGCGCAGUGCUACAAUCGUGGCUUCGAUGGCAACGACGUACAGUGGGAAUGUAAAGCAGAACUACCGUCGAACUACAAAUUUGGUCGGCUCGAAGUGUCAUGCGAGGGAUACGAUUAUCCAGAAGAUGAUUACAUUCUCGUUGGAUCGUGUGGUCUUGAAUAUACAAUCGCAGAAGUAUCAAAAACGUCCAGUUCUUAUUUCCCAUCAUCGCCUCAGAGCUCGCAUAGCACAAAUGGGGACAGGGGUUCAACAUUUCUAACAAUUUUGUUUAUCGGUGGGGCCAUUGCGUUGUACUUCUAUCUUCGACCAAGCCAAACAAGUGAACAACGAGAUAAUACCAGUGGAGGAUCAUCGUUCAAUCCAUCGGCUCCACCUCCUCCUGGCUUCCGACCAGACUUUUGUGGUACCAGCGAUACAUCAUUCGGAACGUCAUCGACGGGAACUUCAAAUAAUCCAGGAAACUCGAAUGGUCCAGGAUUUUUCAGUGGUAUGGCAACUGGUGGUAUCCUUGGGUAUUUGUUUGGAUCGAAUCGCAACAAUGGAUACGGUAGACGUGACCAUCGACAAAGUUCGUUCUGGAAUAAUCCCGCUGCAUCUGGUUAUUCGUCUUUCGGUAGUUUACGUCGGGGUAGUAGUGGGGGAAGCGCCACAAAAUCAACAUCCACUGGAUUUGCAUCAACUAAAAGGCGAUAA